AUGCCCAUCUUCUUGUUCAACUACAACAGCCGCCAGCUUCACGGCAUCUUCCGGGCGGUAUCUGAUGGCGACUGGAAGAUCAACCCACACGGCUGGGUCGGAAACACUAGCCGCGAGACACUGUACCCUUCUCAGGUGCAGGUGGAGGUCUACAGCAAGUGCCCUCCCCUCGACCACGCGGACUACAACCAGAUCAUCAAGAACUGCUACCACCAGGAGGGUACCGGCCACCGCAACAAGAUGAUGUUUGAGCUGAAGAAGGUGGAGGCACAGAACCUGUGCCGCGCAUUCGACCGUGCAGCCGGAGUAGUCAAUGCCAACAGCCGCCCUCAGCCUGUCCCGCGCAGUAUGCCCCCUGCAGGGGUCGCGGGUGCCAGCAGCUCUGCAGCCCCUGCGCUCAAGCCUCCGGCAGCUGCUGCUCCAAAGGCUGCACCUGCCGCCGCUGCUCCUAGACCUGCUCCUGCUGCUGCUGCUGCCUCUGCCGCUGCCGCCAAACCCAUGGAGAAUGGCACAGCACCGGGCGCCUGGGAAGUCAUGGCAGGAGGCAAAAACCCCAAAGCACCUGUCUGGGGUGCCGGCGCAGAGGAGGCAGCAGCUGAGCCUGUCAACAAUGCAGCGCCAGCUACCAGCAAGGCUGCAGCUGCGAAGGAGCCGGCGGGCCCUUCCACUCCCCCAGCCACACCAAAGGCAUCCAUAUCUGAUCCAGUCUACAAUGAGGAGAGCAACUCAAAUGAGGUGACGUCAAAGGCAUCAACUGGGUCUCAGUCAGGUGCUACUCCCGGGGCAUCAUCGCAGCGCACAUCAUCGACACCCCCGGUUGCACACCAGGUGAAUGGAGCGUCAGCAGACUUAGAGGGCAAGCUGUCAGCCGUCCAUGCUGCAGUGUCCGCAGUUGACACAGCUGCUGCAGAUGCCCUCUGGAACUGCCUGACUUCCAUGACCAACCAGAUGCAGAGCUGCAUGAGGGAGAACGCCAUGCUGCUGCACGGCAUGCGAGCUCUGAAGGUGGAGAACUCCAUAUUGAAGAGUGAGAUAGCAAAUGUACGGCGGGAUACAUCGCGGGUGGGUGCGGCAAUCAAUCUAGAGAUCGCCGCAGAGUCCCCUGCUCUCAGCAAUAUCCCCCACACAUUCAUGGGGAAAAGGAUCCAGGACAUCUUUCUGCUGGGAGGCCACAAUGGUGGUGCCUGGCUGGACUCCAUGCACCUGUACACGCCGGCCUACAGGUCGAUCUCGGACGUGGGCAAGAUGCCAUUUGCGCGCGGCUACGGCGGCGCGGCCAUCAUCGGCCGCUCCAUCUACAUCGUGGGCGGCGGCGACGGCGCCUCCUGGCUGCAGACCGCCGUGCGCUACGACAUCGACACCAAGGAGUGGUUCCAGAUCUCGGACAUGGAGAACGUGCGGGGGUCGCUGGCGGUGGCUGCGCUGGACGGGCGUAUCUACGCGAUGGGCGGCGGCCAGCCGGGCAUCAACCAUGACUCCAUUGAGAUCUUCUCCCCCGACGUCAACACGUGGGCACCAGGGCCCAAGAUGGCCGCCUCGCGCUUCACCACGGCCGGCGCCACUCUCGGCUCUGCCAUCUACAUCACCGGCGGCUUUGACGGCUCCUACCUCAACUCUGUAGAAAUGCUGGACCCCCGCGUCGGCCGGUGGCAGCCGGUGGCGCCAAUGGCGCACAAGCGCGGCAGCCACGUGUGCACGGUGGCGGACCAGGACCUGUAUGUGAUCGGCGGCUGGGACGCCAAGGACUACCUGGCGGGAGUGGAAAUAUUUGAUGUGCGCUCCGGGGGCUGGCGCACCGCGGCGCCGAUGGCGGCACCUCGCGCGUACGGCGCAGCCGCCACCGUCGACGGCUCAGUCUUCACGCUGGGCGGCAUGCAGAGCCAGGUGCACAACGAGACUGUGGAGCGGUAUGAUGCGGCCAAUAACAAGUGGGAGAUGCAGACUGUGCCGGUGCCUGAUGCUGUCAAGCGCGCAUUCCUGUCGGCCUGCGUGGCGGAUGCGUACUGAGAGCAGCCCCUGCUUCCCCAAGUCUUUUUAAGUGCACCGCUUUCUAGAGGAGCGCUGCUUUUGUGCUGUCAAUGUCAUUUUGGUGAGUGGUUUGGGCUCCUCCCGUUCAUCCUUUGGGUCAGGUGGGGUCUGGAGUCUGACAGACUGUGGGUCUGAGUUCUGGGUACCUGUACAAGUGAUUGCCUGUAUUGAUCAAGAGCCUGCAAAUGGUGCAUCAUCUGAGAGGGCAAUUCUCUGUGGGUUUCCUCUGACAAUUUUGCGGCGGCAUGCUUCUGUCUGUUGUGUUCAUACGUGAAAUUGGCCUCUCAUGUUCUUCCAAUCUGACCUUGCUGUGCAAUAUGUGUAACGCAGUGCUGGACG